UGACAGCCUGGUGACCUUUGGUACAGUGCGCAGAACAGACUUCUGCAUGGGCAAAGCUCAACACUGACGCUGAAAUAAACAGUAGAGCUGAGCUGAUACUCCAUAUUUUCGUAACCUGAUCUGAAACCACGGAAGAUGGUUCCUGAGUGUGGGAUUGCUUGAAUUUCAUUGACCUCCAUGCAUUUUUGUAAAACCAAUCAAAGGUAGUACAAUGUUUUCCUUUAUCACGUCUCUUAUUCCCACUUCCUACUUCCUCCCAGAAUGGCUGACUCUCGAUACAAAUCCAGUGGACAGUUUACUUCAAGGACUGGUAGGUGCGUGUGGGAUCUCUGUGCUAUGCUCCCUGUUAAGACUGCACUUAUUUCUAGAGGAGAGCUGGAGUGAUAAAAAUGAUAAAGACACAUCAAGCCAGAAGACACCCAGUCAUCAAGGGAGACCUAAAACUGGCCUUUUUGGGAUGCUCCACUUUUUGGUUUUGACCGGGAUGCUGGCUGUAGUGGGCUCUCGUGUUGCCUCCCUGGUGGUACUAGAGUUUUGUCUUCGAGGUGUCUCUGGAUUGCUUACAGCGGGACCAGAGUACCAGAAAUUUCUGCAGCAGCUGUUAGUUCAAAGCCAGUUCUCUCUAGGUUGCGCCUUGAGCUGCAGUUUGCACUUUCUCCACGAGGGGGCGUCUCAUCGCUGGCUAUGCUUGCUCCUGGCAGCAGCACUCAGCUGGUUCCUGGCUCGGCAGGCCACACGGCUGCUGCACCACGUCCUGGCUCUGUAUAAACUCCACAGCUCACAGCGCUACUGCGGCAUUUGCAUCAGCCUCCUCACAUCAGGCCGCUACCUGCUGCCCAUGCUGUGCAGGACUAUGAUCAUUACUUUCUCUGUGGCUGUGGUGGCCGCCCUAUCAAUCAUCAAUCAGCACUUCCUCUCUGCAACAGAGGCCCUCAGGUUUUGGACACCACUGACUAUCUGCUACACACUGUUGGUUGUGUACAUGCAGGAGGAGCAGCACCGUCUGCCCAGCAGCCAGGCUGUCCUGAACACAGUAGUGGUGCGUCUCGGUGGUUUGAUGGUCCUGAUGCUGACUGUUGGACGCUGGGCUGACGUGUUCCACAUCCUAAUGUGUUUCCUGGGUGAGGCCAGCUGUCUAAUCCCCACUAUGGAUCUGCUGGAUGCGGCAUCCUCACAGGAUGAAGAGGAUUAUACAGAAUACGUAAAGAGAGAGCAUCGACGAAGACCGCAGGCACAAGAGAAGGAGCAUCACAGACAGCCACACAGGGAUGUUAAAAGCUAGUGGCAUUUAUUUUAAUGUAAAGUCCUAUUAAGGCUACAUCAACAACGAAUACAUUUGUAUAUAGAAUGUUUUUUUAGGAAAAAGUCCAAGAAGCAUAUCAAGGUCAUAUGGGAAAACAAAACAAUCAUUGUCUUUAUAUGUGGAGUAGUAUAAUCUGCCUCACAUAUAUUUAUCAUUAUGCUUCCUUAAACUUUGCCUCAGGAAUUGUCUUUUUGUCUCUUAUUCUCCUGUAAAUCUUAUUUUCUUUGUGAUGCCAGUUCAUUAACACUAACUGCAGUAACAAACGUGCACUUGUGGAUGUUAUUCUGGGAUUGUGUGUGUCAUAUUGGAUGAUUUAAUGCUGUAAUAUGAGAGAGCUGUUGGCAUGCCAGUUAGGCUGCUCCCGAGGAGAGUCAUUGUUCCUAAUUUUCUUUGUGAGGCUCCAGAGCCUGGGGGCGUUGUAACCCUUUCCACGGCCUACUGACAGAUGGGUUAAAAUACACCAGGUUUACAUGUGUACCUAUGUUAUGUUGCUAUAAUCCAGCCUGACUGUGUGCAAUCACCUUAUUCUCAUUAUCCGACUCAUUGUUACGAUUAAAAAUGUGUUUUAUUUCCUUU